CUGCGCGGAGCUCCAGCGCAGCCCCGGCGGGACCGCCGCAGCCGCCGGAGCGCGAGCAACAGCUUCCCGGCCGGAGGAGCCACUGCCCCACGCGCCAGCGGCCCGCGCGCCGAGAUGUUCUGCAUUUCAACCUCAUCAAAAAUUAAAUUGAUAUUUAUGGGCUAAUCUGGAAACCUAAAUACAAUUUGUUUCACUACAACUGUAAGAAAGCAUGUUCAAAUUCCCAUUGGCUGACUUAUAAAGGGGCUUUUGGAACACAACCUAAUGUAUGAAGUACUCAUUAAGCCCUAACAACUACCCUGAAGAUGGUAUUAUGAAUAUGGCAACUUUUCUACGGGGCUUUGAAGAAAAGGGUUUAAAGAAUGACAGGCCUGAGGACCAGUUGAGUAAAGAGAAAAAGAAAAUUCUUUUCUCCUUCUGUGAGGUGUGCAACAUCCAGCUGAACUCCGCAGCCCAGGCCCAGGUCCAUUACAACGGUAAAUCCCACCGCAAACGAGUCAAGCAGCUGAGUGAUGGGCAGCCCCCACCACCAGCCCAGGGCUCUGGGCAGCUGCUGGCCAGCCCCAGCACCAACACCAGCGCAGAUAAUCAGGGCUGGAGCCAAGUCUCGGUAGCAUUGUGCAUCACACUGGUCACAUACUGGAAGUUUUGUUUAUCCAACUUGGUUGUUCUCAAAGCUGGUGAAAGCCCAGCCAGGAUGUGGAGUGGACUUCCUAGCAGAGGCAGUACAUGCCACACUGCUACACUUCCUGCUCUUGUGCGCACACCUACCCUGAUGAUGCAGCCUUCACUGGAUAUCAAACCAUUUCCACUGUCUUUUCCAGUGGACAGUAGUUCUGCUGUGGGGCUCUUUCCAAAUUUUAACACAAUGGAUCCUGUGCAAAAAGCAGUCAUUAACCAUACUUUUGGAGUGUCCAUUCCCCCAAAGAAGAAACAAGUUAUUUCUUGUAAUGUCUGUCAGCUUCGCUUUAACUCAGAUAGCCAGGCCGAGGCCCACUACAAAGGAAGUAAACAUGCCAAGAAGGUCAAAGCACUAGAGGCAACGAAAAAUAAACCCAAAAUGGUUUCUUCCAAGGACAGCGCAAAGGCUAAUCCCAGCUGCUCCAUCACUCCAAUCACAGGCAACAGCUCUGACAAAUCAGAAGAUAAAGGGAAGUUAAAAGUCAACAGCUCCAGUCAGCCAUCAAGCUCUGAAGGUGGCCCAUUUCUCCUCAAAUCAGGCACAACACCCCUGCCACCUGGAGCAGCCACUUCUCCCUCAAAGAGCACGAAUGGAGCUCCCGGUACCUGUACCGUUUCUGAAUCAGAAGAAGAAAAAGCCAAAAAAUUACUGUAUUGUUCACUAUGCAAAGUGGCUGUGAACUCCCUGUCACAGCUAGAGGCACACAACACAGGAUCUAAACACAAGACCAUGGUGGAAGCUCGUAAUGGGGCUGGUCCAAUUAAGUCCUAUCCUAGACCUGGAUCAAGAUUAAAGAUGCAGAAUGGCAGUAAGGGGUCAGGACUACAAAAUAAGACAUUUCAUUGUGAAAUCUGUGAUGUUCAUGUUAAUUCAGAAAUUCAACUCAAACAGCACAUUUCUAGCCGAAGGCACAAGGAUCGAGUUGCAGGGAAGCCACUGAAGCCGAAAUACAGCCCUUACAACAAACUCCAGCGGAGCCCGAGCAUUUUAGCAGCAAAACUUGCAUUCCAGAAAGACAUGAUGAAGCCUUUGGCCCCGGCCUUCCUGUCGUCGCCCCUGGCGGCGGCGGCGGCGGUGUCGUCGGCGCUGUCGCUGCCGCCCCGGCCGUCGGCGUCGCUGUUCCAGGCGCCGGCCAUACCUCCCGCCCUGCUGCGGCCGGGCCACGGGCCCAUCCGCGCCACGCCCGCCUCCAUCCUGUUCGCGCCCUACUGACCGCCGCCCUCCCGCCCCGCGGCGCACCACCCGGGCCCCGACUCCAAAGACUAAGAAAUCACUAGGCUCCAGAGUGCUUUUAGGGACCGCUCCCGAAAUUAGGGAUCUGAGCAGCACAGGCUUUGUCCCCCUGUUCUCCACCCCCCCCAUCCCCUGCCGACCUCGAUUUGUGUAUCUGAGAUAUUUGGUUUCUUGCAAAUGUAUUGGUCAGAAAAAAAUAUAUAUCUAUAUCUAUAUACCAUCCUCUGGCUAUUUUCCCAUGGGUGUGAUCUGGCUUAGAAACGAUAAGGAAUAUUUUCCUGACAGACUUGAAAACUAGGGUCUUCCUCCCACGUCUGUAAAUAACUCUGGAAUCCAACUGAGCACAUUCUAGUGUGGAACAAAAAUAGAUGAACACAAGUGCUUGCUUGUGGAUCCCAUCUUACCAACGGAUCACAACGUUUUCCUUCAUGGUGUACUAUUGUUGACAGGGAUUGUGUACUGUUUUAGACCCAAGUACUGUUGUAUCCUGUGUAGUACUAGAUCUGUAUCUCUUGUCUGAAUCCAACAUUUUUUUAGUCGCUGUGUAAAUGUUAGGAAGCAAAGUAGCUUGAAUUCUCUCUAAGAGAACAAAAGAUAAUGUAUUUUCUUUAUUUCACGUUUCGUUUGGUGAUAUUGAAAAGAACUAGAAAGCCAUAUAACAUAGCUAUAAUUACUGUUUGCUAUUUUUGUUUAACUUAUUUUGUAGCUUCCUCACGAGUUUGAGUUGCUAAGCAAAUGUAUACAACCAGAAAAAGAGCUUCCUCAAUUGCACAUUCUUGCACCUCUUGUGCAUUCUGCAAGGAGACAAUGAAUCCAUGUAUUUCUACGUAAUUAUCUUCUUCAUUUUUAACCUGUUUUCAUUUGUUAACGAUGCUACAUAAUUUUGUGGCUCCCUAAUGCAAUAAUGUACAGAAGAUAAAAAAAAAUUUAUAAUUGAACAAUUUGUCUUUCUGUUCACUGAAUAUGUUGCAGGUCUCGCUCCCAUGCCCCCCCUUUCUAAACUGAUAUCAACAAGACUGGAAUGUUUGUGGUAUCAGGGGCAAGAGGCAUCAUAAAACAACAAAAUAGAGUGAACUCUUUUAGAGCAUCUAUAUCUGCAAUCUGUAAAUGGUAAAAUGUCUGUGUAUUUUUUUAAAUGUACCUUUUCAAUAAAAGUACAAAAAAUAAAAA